AUGCACUACGAAAGAAAGAACACGAAUGCUGAAAAACGUCACAGCGAACUGCUACGAAUAAGAACACAAAAGUUGACGGUACAGUGGUACCAAAAUUCUUUGCUAGAAGUGCCGAUAGGUUUGGGCAAUAGUCGAGGAUGUGUUGGACAGUUAGGCGGUUUGGCCAGUCCGGGCGUACAGGUGGUCAUCUUGAAGAAUGUGGCUAUGCGUGAUCACUGUGUGGCCGAGCCUCAGUCGAGUGAAAUAGCCAUCAUAACCGCCGAGGAACAAGUGGCGGCGGUGGCGGCGCAGGUGGCGGCGGCGUUAGAAGAGGCACCAACACAGUUAUUACCAAUAGAAAAAACAAUAGUAUCAACUGAAUCAACAGCAAAAAAGUCAAGUAUAGACAUCCAGCAACGCAUUAAAGUAAAAACGGCGAAGACGACCGAGGACAAGAUUAGCGUGUCAACGCUUGACGUAAGCGCCGACAUAGUGUCAGCGGCGGCGGCCGUGGAAGCAAACGCAGUAGAUAAAGCGGAGUCCAACGACGACAGCAACUUUGGUAAGGUAGCAACAGAAAAGUCGUUAGAAGCGAUAGACGAAAGUACCAUAUCCCAGCUGCAGAUACCAAUACCGAGAAUUCCAUCGAUCGGGGAGGUCUUACUACCCAAUGCGCUCAAUAUACCGCCAGUAUCAUCCACUUUGGCCGCUGCAUUGCAUGCCCAAAUGACAUCGGUCGUACAACAGCAACAACACGAAAAACAACAACAUCACUUCCAUCAAUUGCAUACCAACCAACAUCAAAACCAAAGCUAUCACUCGCACCAGCACGAACAUCACGAAGAGGGGUACGUACAACACAGCCAGCACCAACUACAACAACAAAUAGAAAACGAGCAGCAUCAGCAAUUAUUUCACCAGCAUCGCUCCCAACUAUUCAAAAUGGACGCCGAAUUUUGGCAGCAAGCGCGCGGUCCUUUCGGUCUCCAUACCGCCGCCGCACUUGCCACCAAUCAACUGCAUCACCAUCACCAACAAAAUCCUCAACAACAUCACCCACAACAAUCGCAUUCAGCCCAGCAACAACAUAACCAGCCUUCGGUGCAAACACAGCACACGCAGCAACCUCCUCAUUUAAGCAAUGUGACGAUAGCGGCUGUGCCUCAUCAUGAGCAACAACACCAACAGUCAUCUUCAACGCUACCAGCGUUGCCGCCACACGAACAACAUCAUCAGAAUCAUCAUUUACUGUUCAAUGCAGCAGCCGCUGCGGCCGCGGCCGUUCACCUGAGUGGAGUUGUUAAAUCAAAUGAAAUGCAGAAUGUCACCAACGGCAUAAUUGUCAGCGGUCUUGCCACCAAUAGCCCCUCAACACAUGAUGGCUCAGCUGUAUGCAAUAAUAAUGUCAGCGGGAAUCGCAACAGCAGUUGCAACGAUGCAUCUGGAAGCAGUGAACCACUUAGAAUAAACGUCAAACAUGAAAUGAAAGCAGUGGCGGCUUCUGUAGCAACGAGUAAUCAACACCAACAGCAACAGUCAAAAUACCAACCGAAUAUGCACAAUGCCAUCGACGCGUUGCACCAUCAGCUGCAGCAACAACUACAACAGCAGAACUUAGCAUCUAGUACCAGCGCCGUUGAUGAAACUGAUGCCUUCAAGAAUCAGCUCAAAGCACAACCGGUGAGCGGUCUCAGCAGCUCCAGUAGUGUGCAUCAGCAGCACACGCAUGCCCAAAAUUCACAAUCACGACCUCAUAAUAGCACACACGAACAUCACCAGCAACAGGAACAGCAGCACCAACAACUGCCUUCGCAAACGCUAUCGCAGCUACAGCAAUCGAAUGGACAACAGCGUGAAAUGGGGACAGGGCGCAGUAGCCCUCCGCUCGUGCACAGCGGUGUCAGUGGCAACGCGCUUGUACCGCUACAUUCGCCACAGCAUUCAAUGACACCAUCCGUGGGCAGCUCAACACCCGACAUCAAGUACAACAGCGACAAGCUGGUCAAUGAAAUCCAGCUGCAAUUAUCCCGGUCGAACAGCGCAGCCGCCAUCAGUGAACGUACUUUAGAAGAAUGUUGGUCGACCCUGCAACGUCUUUUCAUGCACAAAAGCGCUAUGCAACAGAUACAGCAGAUACCUCGCGUCGGCCUCGGUGCUCCUGGAAGUAUGGCCGCCGAAAGUAAACCACACCAAUGUCAACAAUGCAUGAAGAGUUUCUCCAGCAAUCAUCAAUUGGUACAGCACAUCCGCGUCCACACCGGAGAAAAACCGUACAAAUGCUCAUAUUGUGAUCGUAGAUUUAAACAGCUUUCUCACGUGCAGCAACAUACGCGAUUACACACUG